AAUGGAUUUAAAUUGUAGAGUGAAAUGUGCUUGUGUGAUAAAUUUAAGUACAUUCAGCAAACAUGGAAUCUUAUCAUUGGUAGCUGAAAAUCCUGUAUUCAUAAAUGAUUUGUAAUAAGAAGCUUAAUUAUUAUAUUAACAAAUUUCGAAUUAACAAGAUUAAUAAAACAUCCCCUCUUUACCUGUUUAAAAGAUUUAUUCAUAAUCAGGAGCUUGGUAUUGUUCAUUAAAGAACAAUAUAGUAAUUAGCCUAUUAGUUACAUCUUCAUAUCCAAUGCCUAGUGCAAUGCGAUUGUUAAAAUAAAUUGAAGAAAUAUUAAAAAAGUAAAUUUAAAGUGGAAAAUAUGAAUUUCAUCCUUUAGAACCAAAUGUGAGACAUGUAUUUUUAUUUUAUUACAAAUUAGCUAUUAACAUAAUAUGAUAGAGAUCCUUUUACGGAUGAUAAAAUAGAAAUAACUUGUAAAUCUGUUGAUUCUAUCCAAGGAUUAAUGGAAGAAAACAUAAGGAAGUUUUAAAUGAAUCAAGAAUAACUACAUGUUAUUCAUCACAAGAGUGCAGAUAUAUCUCAAAUGGCAGUUUAAUUUUAAAAAAGUGCAGCAACUGUAAACACUAAAUAAAAUUGGGUCAUUUACGUAGCAAUUGGAAUAUUCACUACAAUUGUUGUUGGAGUAAUAAUUUACAUUUUCAUAUGA